GGUUUCGUUGGAGCCUACUUUUGUUCCAGUGCAAAAUGAAUGUGGCAGACAAAUUUACCGUAGUCGACGUGUAUGAUUUGGCGUUGGAUAUCGGCAAAGAGUUCGAAGUGAUAAUCGAUGCCAAUGGAGCAAACACGGUCUCGGGGCUGAUUACGAAAGUCGUGAAUGCGCUGGAGUUGAUGGAAUCCCUCACCUGCCAGAAUGAAAGCGAAAAUUCUGCCAUUCAAGAGCUGCAAGAAAGAAUAGCUCUGUUAGAGGCCGAAAAGGAACAGAAAGCAGCCUCCCGGUCGCGGUACGAAAAGGAGUUGGAAGCCAUCGAAGACCAAUGGCGUUCGGAGGCGAAGGAGCUGUUCAAAGUGAUCGAUAAGUUGCACGAGGAGAAUCGUAAGCUACAAAGAGGGAUUGCACGGACGGCGAGUGAGGUUCCAGGCACACCCCACGCAGAUGAACUGUCGAACGCUGCAAUCGAUGAACUGGGGAGCGAUUCGAACACACCCGGUGGAACGGUGGCAUCGGCUUACAAAAAGUCCUCCGAACACAAACUACAGCUCUGUCAGCUGGAGGAAAAGUUGAAGCGCAAGGAGAUAGAGUUGUGCGAGAAAAUUGCCGAAAUUGAAGCAUUAUCGAAUCAAAACGAUCGCCUAAAGAAAGUGGUAAGCGAAAGUCGCCGGCGACAAAAGCUUUCCCACAACCAGAUCGUAACGCUGUGCGAAGAGCGGGCCGACUUUUUGGCCCAAAUUCAGGACCAGCACCACGAGAUUAAAGCACUACGAACUCAGCUGGGCUUGGCCGAAAAGGAAAAUGAAGAUUUGGUGAAUCGAGUGGCUGAGGACGAGCGCCCCCGAUUUUCGACGGUAGAGCUAAAGGAGAUGCUGACUGAUCGAAACGAGCUAAAGGCCAGAGUCAGUGAUUUGGAACAAGAACUUAUGACAUGCCAGGCCAUUGGAGGUAGCGGUGGCACAUGUCCUGCUUCCGAUGUGGUUGAUGGUACCAAGACAGUGGAAAGUUCCGGUAACGAACUGCAAUCGGUAGACUUCAGCGAGCUGCCUGUACAAGGACCACUGCCGUACGAACCGGAUGAUGCACCGUGGAAAAAGACUAACGAAAGUGGCAUCAGGAAAUUCUUCCGCAAGCUGUUUAACGAAACCUCCUCAGACUGCUCCAGCUUUUCACAGCGUUCUCUAUCGACCCUCUCCAAAAUGGCACUGUCAUCAGGGCCGCAUAGUGACAUACCGAUAUAAAUUUCAAAAAUAGUCAGGGUGUAUCACCAGUGCAAGUAAACUUGCCCACACUGGUCAUACGCAAAAUAGACAAAAGAAACAUCGAUUUUGAACAGAGUUCCGAGAAUUUUAUCAGUGUAGAAAUUGAACAAGACUGGCAAGGAACAACCUUGGCCAAAUUUGAAGUGUAGUAUUCCUUGCAUACCUAUGUUGUAGCCUUUACAUGACCGAGAUUUAGAACUUUGCUUGAGCAUGUCUAGUGGCCCAGUUGCCUUUCCCUGUUCGGUAAUUGUUGACGUUGUUUUAAGAUUUCAUUACGUUGCUACUAGUUCCUCUUUUGAUACACGAAAGAGGAACCGAUCGUUCACUAUUUCAUUGCUAUACGACGUAAAAUGAUGAUAACGAUUUUCGUUUAAAUUUUCUGCUAAGUUUGAUACUAGAAUUUAUCUACGGAUUAGAUUUGUUUUUCUUUAUAGAUACAAUAGCGCAUGUUGAAGCCAUUUAUAAAUCUUCCAUUGCUUAGAAAGUGUAGGAACUGGCUAUUGGAAUUAGUUUAAAAAUGCUCCGAAUACAUAGUAGAUUACGUUCUUACAGGCAAUGUUAGUAGCAGUGAGUUAAAAAAGUAUCCUUCAUCAUCUCUAGUCAUUUUUAACCUUACAAGUCUAACGUUUGGAGUUGCAUAUAUACUGUUUUUAGCGUUUAGCAUUAGCGACGUUCUCUUAUCGAAGCAACCGAUAACGGAACAUUUGCCGCAUCAUUAUCCGUUGCGCGUUACACUAUCGUGAUAGGUGUUAGUUCGCUGCGAAAGACGAGAGAUUAGUUUGGAGUAAAGUGCGUAAACGAGGCUGAGAUUGUACCGUGUUACAGACCCAUCGGAGGAAUUAGCAGAAACAAGCAAGAUGUGGAUUGAUGGAGAUCGUUCAAUGGGUAGGAAUGUUUACCUAGAUUAAAACUUUAUUUACAUGCCGUUAGUACGGAAACUGUGUCAAGUAUUAUGUGAGACAAUAUGAUCAAUUAUGAACCAUUCCAUGUACCUCUGUACUACAACAUACUAUCCAUUUCGGGAACGUUGACUGAACGCACUAGUUCGAAGCCACCUAUUAUGUGAUGAUAUCUUAGACAUUGUCUGGCUA